GAAAGUAUCGUCGGCUUGUAUAUGGUGUAAGGUUCAUCGCAAUCGGCCUCGUGUUCCCCGAGAAGCUCCGUUGCCGCUGCAACGACUUACCGCACAUCUUCGCCCUUUCAGCUUUGUGGGAGUUGACUACAUGGGACCCUUUGAAGUGGCUGUUGGACGCCGGAAUGAAAAACGUUGGAUCGCAUUGUUCACCUGUUUAGUAACUCGAGCGGUGCAUUUAGAGGUGGCGCACGGGCUAACAACACAGUCCUGUUUGAUGGCGAUAAGUCGCUUCAUCGGGCGACGAGAUUGGCCGAUUGAGUUCCUCUCGGAUAACGGGACCAAUUUCCAAGGGGCUAGCAAAGAGUUGUUGGCACAGCUCAAAGGAAUUGAGUUUGAUUGCGCUGAACAAUACACAAACGCGAGAACGAGGUGGACAUUCAACCCACCCGCGGCACCCCAUAUGGGUGGCGUAUGGGAGCGUCUGGUACGAUCGGUGAAAGAGAUAUUGAGAGCAAUUAACGACGGAAGACGGCUUACGGACGAGAUUCUUCAGACGUCCAUCGUAGAAGCAGAGGACAUAAUAAAUUCACGUCCGCUAACAUACGUGUCACAAGACUCAGAAGAAGUGGAUGCGUUGACCCCAAACCAUUUUUUGCGAGGUCCUCCAUCUAAGCAACGAAACGUAACGAGUCCACCACCGCAUCCGGCUGAAGCACUUCGUGAUACGUACAAACGAACGCAGCAGUUAGCUAGUGAGUUGUGGCAGCGCUGGAUCAGGGAAUAUGUUCCAUCAAUAAACCAACGAACCAGGUGGUUUGGCGAAACGAAACCGUUGAAAGCAGGCGAUUUGGUGUACAUCGUCGAAGGCAACAAUCGGAAAUGCUGGGUCCGCGGCAUAGUGGAGGAACCUAUAGUGUCGAGCGAUGGUCGUAUACGGCAAGCAUGGGUCCGUACCAGGACCAAGCGGUACAGACGAGCGGCAGCAAACUUGGCCGUGUUGGAAUUAGACGAUGGUAACUCUGAACCGAAUGGUACCUUCGGAUCAGGGUUACGGGUCGGGGAAUAUGUUGGGAACACUGCCAUGCCGCUGCAAUAAGAUGGGUGCCGCUGCGAAGAGAUAAAUAUGCGCCACAAGGGUGUGUUGACAGAAGGAAAGGAAGACGUCAAACGACAUAGAUGAGUGAGAUAGAGAGUGAUAGAAUGAUUUAGUUGUCAGUGGACGGAAAAAGGUAAAUAAUAAAAAUAAAGGAGGUUAGAUUAAAGCGAGUGAUAGGAAAGACUAAUUAAAAUUAAUUUGCUGAACGUUGAUUGUUAGCGGUCAUACCAGUAAAAACAAAGGCGAUUAAUUAGUACGCACAACUCGCAUCGGAAAGUUCGGAACGGAGAAUAAAACUUAUACUACGGUUAAAAUCAGCUUCGUUCGAAACGGAGAAUAAAACUUAUACUACGGUUAAAAUUUGGAUAGUACGGAGAAGUAGUGAGGAGGAGAAAAUCAGACUAAAGAAACACUAAAUGUGAGUAAAACUAUUGAGUAAAAUUUGCCUAUUUCUAAAUUUAAACCUAACAUUGUUAAAACAAGUAAAACUUAUUUGCUAACAGUGAACAUUUAAAAUACAUUUUAGCUUUGAUCGGCUUAUAGUAAACGUCGAUU